AUGGGCUCGAGGGGCGGAGCGCGGGGCCGCGCGUCGGACACGACUCGCGCGCUCGACGAGUUCGACACGCUGGCGGGCCUGCGGCGGAGCGCCUACGUGCUGGAGCACCUCGCCACCUUCACCGUAACGCGCGAGACGGGCAUCGUGUACCCCGCUGAUGGCAUGCGCCGCCUGCUGCAGUUGGAGAAGUCCAACGGGAUAUGGAGUCAAAAAAUGCAGCUGUGCUUAGAAGACCAAUGGGUCUUGGUAAUGGAUUACGAAACUGGGUCCAUAAUGGAGCGCUUCCCCGCGUCGUGGGUGCACUCGCCGACUGCAUUCACGUCGCCCGAGCCCGCGGAGCUGUACAACAACGUGCUGGCCUUUGUGGUGGGCGCGCCGGAGGGCAGCAGUGGGGGGAACUCGCCCGCGAACUCGCGCCGAGAACUGCACAUAUUCCAGUGCCACGAUGUCGGCGCUCAGACUUUGGUCGAAGAGUUGAACGCUCUUAAGGGGGUUGGCAGCGGGGGGUCGGAGGGCGGCCGCGACUUCGUGAUCGAACGAGAGCGGGAGAGGGAGCGCGAGAACGAAGCGGAGAGGCCGAGGAGACAGCAAAUGUCGGCUCAGCUGGGUCGGGAUCGCGGGUCGGGCGGCGAGCGCGACGACGCGUCGUCGACGGGCUCGGAGCGACUUUACGAGCAGGACAUCGCCAUCCUGAACCGGUGCUUCGACGACAUCGAGAAGUUCAUCGCGAGGCUGCAACAUGCGGCGGCCGCGGCGCGCGAGUUAGAAAGGCGGAAACGCGCGCGGGGGGGCAAGAGGGCGGGGGCGGGGGACGGCAUGCUGGCGCUGCGCACGCGCCCACCCCCCGAGCGCGAGUUCGUGGACGUGCUGCAGAAGUUCAAGCUGUCCUUCAACCUGCUGGCGCGCCUGCGGGCCCACAUCCACGACCCCAACGCGCCCGAGCUGGUGCACUUCCUGUUCACGCCGCUGGCGCUCAUCGUGGACGCGGCGCAGGACGCGGCGGACGGCCGCCUGCCGGCGCGCGUGGUGCAGCCGCUGCUGACGCGCGACGCGCUCAACCUGCUGGCCAACUGCGUCACCAGCAAGGAGACCGAGCUGUGGCACUCGCUGGGCGACGCCUGGCUCAUCCCCAGGGAACAAUGGAAAACAACAAUACCUCCGUACCACCCGGUGUUCAUGGACGGCUGGUCUCCGGACUACCAGGUCGACGACCAGCCACUACGUCGGUCAUCUCCGCGGCGGACGGAGGGCGGGCGUGGGCCGGAGGGAGGGCUGCCCGAGGAGGAGGCCGCGGGGAGGACGGACCGAUCGGAAGGGUACGCUUAUGAAAGAGACGAGCCGGACUUGUACGGAGAACAAUUCACACCGUUCCCAAGGAAUACGCGAACGUUGACCCGCGAGGACUCGGGCUCGGCGGCGUCGUCACCCGAGCGCGAGCCUGCCUACAGAAGCGAUCGGGAUGAAGACGAGCUGGGCGAGGCGUGGGCGCGCGGCGUGGCGGCGCGCGGCGGGCGCGUGGUGCGCGUGACGUACCCGCGCACCGCCAACAACGACAAGGAGCUCACCGUGGUGCGCGGCGAGUACCUGGAGGUGCUGGACGACUCCCGCAAGUGGUGGAAGGCGCGCAACCGGCGCGGCGUGACGGCGCACGUGCCGCACACCAUCGUGGCGCCCGCGCUGUCGCCGCCCUCCUCGCCGCACCUCUACCCCAACCCCAUCUACACGCACUACCAGGAGAGCGGCGGCCGAGGCUCCGGCGGCAGCAGUCCCACAGGUGCGGCGGACUCCCCCCGCAAGGUGGAGAGGGCCAACCCGCCCCCGCCACCGCCACCGCCGCCGCCCCCGGAGCCGCCCACGCCGGCGCCCACCGUCAUCCCCGUCAAAACUGACACAAUGAAAUCAACGAAAUCAGUUAAAAGCACCAACAGCGAUCUACACGAAGAAUUGAAAAUGGUAUUGCCACAAAUCCAGCAACGUCGGCUCGACUUCAAGAAGACGCCUGACAUCUUUAUACACCAGAAAUCGAACCCCGAGGAGGUGGUGGCGUGGCUGGAGGCGAAAGGAUUCAGUGCGACGGCUCAGAAGCAAUUGCGCCUGUCCGGCCACCAGUUGUUCGCGCUAUCUCGCCAGCAACUGGAGCGCGUGCUCGGGCCUGACGAGGGCAAGCGCCUCUACAGCCAGGUGCUCGUGCAGAGGAACGUGUCCGGGUACAAGACGACGUCGGCCUCGGAGCUGCAGAGCAUCCUGAGGAAGGUGCGGGAGAAGGUCGAGGUCUCGUGAUCGUCGAGCCCGGAAACAUGCACUUGCUCAUGUCACGUGACACACCUGGCGUGUCAGAAGUGUGCGACUUCCCGGACUAUCAUCGAAGUUCCUCUUAUUGUUAACGACGAAAAAAUCACACGCCAUUUUGUUGUUUCUUCUAUUUUUUUUUAGAUAAAAUUUUAUAUCAUGUGAUGUUUUGUUUGUAUAAAUUAAUAAAGAAGACCAGUGGGUUUUUAA